CAGCGUGUGUCGGAUCCUACAUAGAACAAUUUGAUUCCUUCGGCACCUUAAAGGGGGCCCCAGUAUCAGUGGAUCUUAUAGGACUGCAAGUUAUAUGAUCGUAGACAUGGAUAUACGACGACACGACAAGAGUUGCCCUCGAGGCUCUCUAUAUAACAUGAGUCGAGAUACCAUCUCCUCAGCUCUUUUUUUUUCAUCAUCGCCAUCAGUUUGUGAAGUUAAUUCCUCCAGCCAUUCUUUAUUGUCUAUCUUUUGACUAGCCAUUCCUUUCUACCUCCCGGUGAGAACAGCUAUCUUAAUCGAUACAUCUUUACUACCUUUCGCUCGCUACGUUGUAUUGCAUCGACUAUCGCAACCAGCCAAAAUGGGUAUCUCAAGAAUCUCUCCCGUUGUCGCGGCCCUCGUGUCGGCUGCCAGCGUCGCCGCUCACGGCCACGUCGACCACGUCGUCAUCGACGGACUCUUCUACCAGGGGUACGACCCGACCGUCUUCCCUUACGAGCAAACCCCUCCCACCGUCGUCGGCUGGACUACCUCUCAGACCGACAAUGGUUACGUCGCGCCUGACAGCUUCGGUGCUGCCGACAUCAUCUGCCACAAGUCGGCCACUCCGGCAGGAGGCCACGCUCAGGUCAAGGCUGGCGACAGCAUCAGCAUCACCUGGAACACCUGGCCGGAUUCCCAUAAGGGUCCCAUGCUCGACUACCUCGCGCCUUGCGAUGGCUCCUGCGAGAGCGUCGACAAGACAACCCUUAAAUUCUUCAAGAUUGACGAGGUUGGCCUUAUCGACUACUCGGCGACGAACGGUUUCUGGGGCUCUGACGAGCUGAUCAAGAAUAACAACACCUGGCUCGUCCAGAUCCCUUCCAACAUUAAGGCCGGAAACUACGUCCUCCGUCACGAAACCAUCGCGCUUCACUCGGCAGAAAACGCAGACGGCGCUCAGGCCUAUCCUCAAUGCUUCAACCUCGAGAUUACUGGUGAUGGCACCGAAGUACCUGAUGGUGUCUUGGGUACCGAGCUGUACUCCGCUACCGACCCUGGCAUUCUCGUCAACAUCUACGUCACCAGUCUUACCUACACCAUCCCCGGUCCUACCCUAAUUGCUGGCGCCUCGUCUUCCGUCGCUCAGUCCUCGUCUGCUAUCACCGCUACCGGAACCGCGACUGUUGGAAGCGGUUCCUCCGCCACCGCUACUAGCGCCUCCGCUGCCACCACGACUGCUGCCCAGACCUCCACCGCGCAGACCACUGCCGCCGCUAGCUCGCAGAAGACCUCUACCGCAGCCGCCUCUACUGCCACCCCUAGCUCGCAGAAGACUUCUACCGCUGCCGCCUCUACCUCUACCGGUGGCGCCUGUACUGCUCCCACAACCCUCGCCACGUCAACCCGCGUAGCAUCUUCCACUACCCUUGCUUCCACUACCCUUGCUACCACCGCCGUUGUUACUUCCGCGGCCACGACUGGUGCUGUUAGCGCGCAGAGCCUGUAUGGCCAGUGCGGUGGCAGCAACUUCGCCGGCCCUACUGCUUGCGCCACGGGUUCUUGCAAGUCGUGGAACCCGUACUACUACCAGUGCGUCAACACGGCUUAAGCUCUUGCUUUAGCCUAUAGGAUGAGUGGUCGGGACGAUGACGAGAGGAUGUCAUAAGUAUAUGUGUACGAUAUAUAUGCUUAUAUAAGUAGCUUGGUUCGGAGGUUAUAUUCUUGUAUUUACGAUUAGUUCGAUUUAAAUUCAAAUAUAUUUUUGAGGUGCAUAA